GUGCGACAUCCCUCACUUACGGCCGAAGCGGUUCGUGCUGGGAGUUGGUGGCGCGGUGCAGGAGUCUUAGGGACAAACGGCUAGUGCGCGGACUGAAAUCCGGGGACUGUGACUUGCUGGGUCCGCCAUGGAGCCAGAGCAGAUGCUGGAGGGACAGACGCAGGUUGCGGAAAAUCCCCACUCUGAGUACGGUCUCACAGACAACGUCGAGAGGAUAGUAGAAAAUGAGAAGAUUAAUGCAGAAAAGUCAUCAAAGCAGAAGGUGGACCUCCAAUCUUUACCAACUCGUGCCUACCUGGAUCAGACAGUUGUGCCUAUCUUAUUACAGGGACUUGCUGUGCUUGCAAAGGAGAGACCACCAAAUCCCAUUGAAUUUCUAGCAUCAUAUCUUUUAAAAAACAAGGCACAGUUUGAAGAGCGAAACUGAUUUAUUGGGAAGAACAGAAAAAUUUGGUUGCUACUGUAGAUUUACAUGAUUAAGAGGCAGCUUUAAUUGCCAUGAUUUUUCCCCCUGUUUGGAAGUAUAAGAACCGUGAGGACCACAGAACUUAUUUCCGGAGUCGCAGAAGAGAAAACAUUUUCCUUAUUUGGUUUCAUCACCACACUUAUUUAAUGAGCGUAUUCUGUGCAGUUUUCUCUCAGAUUGUCUUUAACCCUUGUUUUUAAAAUGACCUUCAAAAUAAACUGUUAAAAUGCCAUUAUUUUAAAGUA